UUACAGCGCCAUGGUUUCUUUCCAUCUUCAUCAAUAUGCUUCCAUGGGAAAGUGUUCUCAGAGUGUGGGAUGUGCUUCUGUUUGAAGGAAACCGUGUAAUGCUUUUCAGAACAGCACUUGCAUUGAUGGAGUUUUAUGUAAACACAGGUCCUACACUAAUUACAACCAAGGACGCUGGAGAUGCGAUUACUCUGCUUCAAUCAAUGACUGGCUCAACGUUUGAUAGCAGCCAGCUCGUCUUCACUGCUUGCAUGGGUUACCAAGAUGUAAACGAAUGUAGGUUGCAGGAGUUAAGAAGCAAGCACAGGCCAGCUGUGAUGGCUGCAUUUGAGGAAAGAUUAAAGGGGCUUCAAGCUUGGAGGGAUUCGAAAGACCUCCUCGCAAGCAAAUUAUAUAAUUCUAAGCAAGAUCCAAAAUCAGUUUUGUUAAAUUUCAGCAAAGCCUCGCUGUCUCGUUCUGAAUCAGGAUCCAGCAGUAACGCAGACGAUGUCUUGAUUUGUCUGACUGGGGAUGGAGAGAUUGAUUAUUUUCAAGACCUUCAAGGACAGGUUCUUCGGUUGAAGGGUGAACUCUGCAAUUUGGUUGAGGAGAAACGAUCUGCUUUACUAAGAGCUGAAGAGUUGGAAGUUGCUCUCAUGGAGAUGGUCAAACAAGACAAUCGGCGUCACCUGAAUGCUAAAAUUGAGCAGUUAGAGCAAGGGGUGAGAGAGGUUCGAAAGCUUGUUUCUGAUAAGAAGGAUCGAGAAGCUGCUAUGAUACAGGUGUUGAUUGGGAUGGAGCAAGAACAUAAGGUAACGGAAGAUGCACGGAGAGCUGCUGAGCAGGAUGCAGCAGCGCAGAGACAUGCUGCCCAAGUGCUUCAGGACAAAUAUGAGGAAGCUGUUGCUGGGCUUGCUGAGAUGGAGGAGAGGGCAGUAAUGGCAGAGUCAAUGUUGGAGGCGACUUUGCAGUAUCAUAAAGCACAACCUUCACCACGGUAUGUUUUAUCAUAUACCUACAAAUAUUAAUUAUAUUUAAUUUCUAAAAGAGUGGAAUCCCAGACA